AUGCCUCUCGAGGAGUACACGCAACUUCAUGAAGACCUUUCGAAAGUGAUCAUCCUCUGCAACCACCUUGCUGCGCACUGCACUGAUCUCAGAAUCCGCACUUUCGAGGACUUUUCCGCCGUGACGGGAUACUCUGUUGAGCACAUCACGCAGGCCUGGAAUCUAGGUCAUACCUCGGCUGGAAACAUUACACGUUUUAUCACCAAGAUUGGCUGGAGAAACAAAAGAGAAGCAAGAAGGCGUGCCGAGAUGGAAUGGAGAUCUGGCCAUACCAACCAUCGACCGCGAUACCUCUUCAUGAUGCCUCGCAGGCAAGUGCUCAUCGAUGAAACGAUUGAUCACCUCGCUGUCACGCACAGCGCAUGUGUAUCCGCGUCGUCGUCGUUGUCGUCCUCACAGCCAGAUAUCGGCAACUCGCACGACAUGGGCGAUCUGCCAGAAAGAAUCAGAAAAUUCUCGACAUCAUAG